AUGGCCUGUUGUACCACUAGCUUCUGUGGAUUCCCCAGCUGCUCCACUGGUGGCACCUGUGGCUCCAGCUGCUGCCAGCCCAGCUGCUGCCCAACCAGCUGCUGCCAGCCCAGCUGCUGCCAGCCCAGCUGCUGCUCAUCUGGCUGUUGUCAGCCCAGCUGCUGCUCCUCCGGCGGCUGUGGGUCUGGCUUUGGCACUGGUGGUGGCCAGGGGGGAAGCGGUGGAGCCAUGACCUGCCGCGUCAGGUGGUGCCGCCCUGACUGCCGCGUGGAGGACACUUGCCUGCCCCCCUGCUGUGUGGCCAGCUGCACCCCCCCAACCUGCUGCCAGCUGCACCAUGCCCAGGCCUCCUGCUGCCGCCCAUCCUACUGUGGACAGUCCUGCUGCCGCCCAGCCUGCUGCUGCUGCCGCUGCCCGACCAGCUUCUGCGAGCCCAGCUGCUGUUGA